GCUAUGCUGAUCGGUCGUGGGUUUUUGCCUGAGAGGCUUUCCCACCAUCUUCCUAAGGUAUACGUAUCGUGGAUCAGAAUGUUAAGUUCUGACAAUGGUGACAAUGGAGAGAAACCAAAGACAUCAGUGGAACCUUCUCACUCUGAUUUACUAGGUAGACACAAGGGGAAAAGUGAAAUCGCAGGCCUUGUCGAGCAGGCAGUGAAAGAUGAGAGUGAAAAUGAAAUCAGAAAUCAGGGUGAAGAAAAAGAAGCGAAAGAAAGUUCAUUUUUAGAGGUUCUUCUUCCCAAAUUGUUACAAACUGGCAAAGCUCCGAGAAAAAGAAAGAAUAGGAAUGAAAACAAACAAGUUAAAGAGGGAAACAUUCCUGCUAGUGGUAUCCUUUCCUUCAUGACGGAAUACCCGCAACAGUAUACAGGGUACGAAAGUUUGAAGGUUCUUGAAGAGAGGUCAUCAGAGAAUGUUACUGAGCUGAGAAAAAGUCUUAUGAGGCAUAAAAUGAAGGCCCAAUUUCCAACAAGGAAAGGAGAAAGACCACAGUGGAUAGAAAAGAGCCUCGAGGACUUCGAAAAGGCACGGACCAAGCACUCUACUGCACAGGCACAAACAACUGAUCCCAAACUGAACCAGAAAAUCAAACAGAUACUCGCAGGACUACAGGUUGGAACUCAAAAAAGUGGAUCAGCUGAGAAGCUUGUUACAGCUGUGGAAUACUGGGGUAAAACCAUCAAUAGACGAAAGAGAUUGAUUCAAGAGGAAUACUUACAGCAAACCGUGCAGACUUUGUCAGAGACACCGAGCUGGAUGUCAUUUGAUGAGAGCGACAAGACUGGGCUCUUUGAUGACAUCCUAAAAGAGGUGAAACACAGACAAGAGCACCAGGUCUCUGAAUCAGAAUUCUUGUUCCAUCUUACUGUCAGAAAUAGGUUCCAGAACCGAGACUCAGGGGGAUUGUUGAGGAAUGCAUUCAGUGACCAAAUGAAGGUUUCCAACAGGCUCUGGACAUACCCAGUAGACAAUGAAGUGUGUAACUCUCAAGAAGAACAGAAUACCAGUUUUGAAGAGCAUGUAUUUCUGGAGUACUUACUGGAUGACUUUCCAAGUAAAGGUCCAGUUCGCCGUUUCAUGGAAUUGGUCAUCAAUGGUUUACAGAAAAAUCCAUUUCUGAGUGUGGCACAGAAAAAGGAAAGAGUUGGAUGGUUUCGUGACUAUUUUGCUAAUUUUUCUGAAGAGGAACUUAAUUUUUGAGAGUUGAAUGUCAAUGUAACCUCUCUUUUCUAAGCAAGUAGUAUACAAAUUACCUUUGAAAAAACUAAUUUGUAAAGCCCUGUUUCAAAAAUUAAAAACUUAUCAAUUGA